GUUCAAAUUUAACCAUGUACUCUUCAAGUAUUUGCGGCAUAUGUUUAAACAAAACAAAAGACCACGCUUUAAAUAUAUUUGAUGAUAACCAAGAAUCCAAAGAAGUUCUUAGUAGGAUAUAUACAUGUUUCCAAAUAAAACUAAGUUCUGAAAAGGGCCUGCCAAAUGUGAUGUGCAAGAAAUGUAUAGAUGAAUUAAAUAUAGCCUAUAAUUUUAGAUUGAAGUGCUUAACAUUUGAAAAGAAAUAUGACAAUUACCUUAAAGAAAUUAAGGAAGAGACGAAACAUGGUGGUAAUGUUAAUAACAUAAAGGAAGUUGAUAAAUCUGAAGAUGCCCCACUAGGCAUAAUUGAGGCUAAUUACGAUAUUUAUGAUCAUGAUAUCACAUUAGAUGAUACAAUUAAGUCGGAAACUGAUGGAGUACAUAGUCAAACAUUUAAUGUCAUUUCUCUUUCUGAUACUCGAACCAAAUUUCAAUGCAGUAUAUGUAAUAAAGUGUUGAGAUCAAAGGUAUCUCUAGCCAAACAUAAUGUAUGUAUGCAUCAGAAGCGUAAGCAUGCAGGCAGAGUGACUGGCAGUGGAGCUUCAAGACGUUACCACUGCACUAAAUGCCCAUACCACACCCCCCACAGCCAAACAUUAGUGAAUCAUAUGCACAGGCAUGAUGGGGUGAGACCAUACCAAUGUGAAUGUGGGAAAAGCUUUACACAGUCCUCUAGUCUUGCAGCACACCGCAAAAUACACAGUCUUACUACAUUCUACACCUGUUCCACAUGUGGCAAGCAGUUUAAACAUGCCUUUUCACUAAAAAAACACUUGCUAGUCCAUGAAAAAGGAAAUUUCAACUGCGAAAUUUGUCACAAAACUCUUAAAACAAAGAAAAGCCUGCAGGAUCACAUGCACCGACAUGACAACAUUCGCAACUACAACUGUGAGGACUGCGGAGAUACUUUUGUUACUUCUUCCGAGCUGCAGAGCCAUCGGUUAAAACAUAGUUUGGAGAAGAAUGUUGAAUGUCACUUGUGUGGAUACAGAACUAACACAAAAAAGAGUUUGAUAGUCCAUCUGAAGAGGCACGCCGGCAACAAAUCAUUCAAGUGUGGCUGCUGCGACUUAUCAUUCUACACGGGCGGGGACCUCCGCCGCCACCGGCGCGUCCACUCGCGCGAGAAGCCGUACCCGUGCCCAGCGUGCGCGGCGCGCUUUACGCACAGUUCGUCGCUUAAUAAGCACGUCCUUAACUUGCACCACGUACAAUACCGGUGGGCUGACUUCCAUCCGAGGGACGCCAGAAAGAUAUUGGCUAAAUAAAUUUAUGCAUUAA